AUGUCCAUGGGUGCUGCGGCGACCGCGGCCGCCUGUUUCUCCUCCGCAUCCUCAGGCGUGUCACGGUGCCGCUACUGCCGCGUCAAGGCGCAGGCGACGUCAUGGGCAGGAGGGGCGGAGGAGCUGGUGCGGUCGGGCGCGGUGAAGGCCGUCCGGCCGAGGGACGCGGCGGAGGUCAUGGGCUCCGAGGGGUUCCAGCUGCUGGACGUCCGGCCGGCCUGGGAGCACGACCGCGCCGCCGUUCGGGGGUCCGUGCACGUGCCGCUGUUCAUGGCCGACGACGACAUGGGCCCAGUGACGCUGCUCAAGAAGUGGGUCCACCUGGGCUACAUCGGGCUCUGGACCGGGCAGUCCUUCACCAAGAUGAACGACCGCUUCCUCGACGACGUCGCCGCCGCCGUCGCCGGGAAGGACGCCAAGCUGCUCGUCGCAUGCGGCGAAGGCCUCAGGUCGCUGAUUGCGGCGAGGAUGCUGCACGACGACGGGUACAAGAACGUGGCAUGGCUCGCCGGGGGGUUUAGCAAGUCCGUCGACGGUGACUUCGCCGAGCUGGAGGGGGAGAGCAAGCUCCGGUAUGCCACCAUCGGGGGAGUAUCCUACAUCUUCCUUCAGAUCUUGCUGCUGCUGCGGGUGGUACAGUGA